AUUAAUGGAUAUCGAUUUUUUUUUUCUGCCUCUACCCGUUUUAUUUAUCCUGUCUGUCGUCUUCAAAUGAAUGAAAUACCUUUCUCUGCUAGAAUAUGGAAAAAAUAGUUUUUUUUGUUGUUGUUGUUUUGUUUCUGACUUCAAAAUCCAUUCCAUGUUCCUCCCCUGUUCUGUUUAACUGAACCAGUUAAAAAGCAUAAUUAGCAUUUAAAUCUGUCUUUUACAGGAACAAGCACCUCUCUCUCUCUCUCCCUCUCACACUGACUCCCUCUCUUUCUCUCUCUCACCCUCUUUCUCUCUCUCUCUCUCUCUCUGUCUAAUACUCUUUCUCAUGUUAUCUCUCUCUCUCUCUCUCUCACAUCCUCCAGCACUCUUUCUCUCAAGCUGCCUCUCCCAUGCUCGCGCUCUCUCUCUCUCUCUCUCUCUCCAUGUCUCUGUCGCUAAGGCAACCAAUGCUUUUUCUCACUCUGACACACUCUGGCUCUCUCCCACUCCCUCCAUCAGCAGCGAGCGGUAAGCAUGUGGACUGAUGGCUGUCUACACACUGGUGAUCUGCAUGCAUUUGUGUACAUGAGUGUGUGUGUGUGUGUGUGAGAUUGUGUGUGCGUGUGAGAGAGAGAGAGAGAGAGUUUCUCUGUUUCACAUGUAGGAGUGUAUCAAGGUGUCAUCAGAUCUGAAUUCAGUUGUUGAGUUAUUACCUGAGUCAGGAAUUGGAUUAAAGCAUUGGACGUGUCUACAGCAGCAGCGUCGUUCCCCCUCCAGCCAUCUGUUUACGAUCUUUCAGUAAGUGUCAGGAGCCCGGCGCUCCCGCUCUCACCGUCUCCCUGUUUCAAGAGAUGAUCGUAGGAGCAAAGUACCAGUGAAAAGAGAAGCGAUGGAGAGAUGCUCCAUCUCUGGACUCACUGCUCUCUUGCGCCUCCUGCUGGUUGCCGUCAUCAUUUGCCUCCCUCUUUGCCGCGCGGGCAACGAACCUGCUGACAUGCAGCUGUCUGCCUCACCCCAGGCCACGCCCACUCCGCUCUGGGCAGUCGACUGGGGUCCCACGCAGCCACUGGAGGACGAGACGCAUCACUUCCUGUCUAGUCAGGAAGCCGAGGGCGUGAAGCAGGCCACGCCUGAGGUGUGGCCUCGUCGCAGGAACGCCCAAGCGAACCAAACCCAACAACAGCCACUGUCCAUCGAAGCCAAGGACGCAGCAGAGGAGCCAGAACAAGAGGCGGAGGAGCGUGAGAUUGAAGAAGUGGAUCCUCAGUUUUACGUGACCGUGACUAUCUCAUCCCUCCUGAUUCUCUCUGCACUCAUCAUUUCAGCCAAACUCUGUUAUGACCGCAGCCUCUCUCAGCGUCCUCCCCCUCUCUCCCUUGCCAUCCCUCGUUCCAUGGCCCAAGAGGAUAGCAGGCAAACACUUCAGAGCACCCCAUCGUUCCCUGACAGAGAAAGACUUCCUGUGGUCAAUCUUUGAAGAGCUGACUGUGCCAGCUUGCUAAUCACGUCCUCUGGGCAUGGAAUGUGGGGGGAAAAACAACAUGGGUAAAUACGAGAACAAACGUAAGAACAUGCAAAACUGUAUGAAGAUGGAUACAUGAAAGAGAAUAUGUGUGGAUGGAUAAAGCUCUGAAGAUCGGGGCUGUAUAUAUAUGGAAUGGAGGCCGUACGUUCUUUCAAGCCGGAGGUUCAGGCUCUCUUCUUCAGCCAUUUUGAAACUUUUUUAGGGGUGUUCUUUUGCCGUCACAGUUCUAGUGUUCCAUGUCUGUACUUAUUGCAGCCAUUCCCGAAAGCUUAAUGAAUACUACCUGCUUGCUGAUCUGUAACGUCGUAUUUAUUAUCGGUUUACGAUCUGGUUUCUUCCUCGUCCCGUUUAGUGACUUCUCUUCUCUCGCACAGACCUGUUGUUGCAGUUCUGAUGCCCUGUGUAGAAUUUAUUAAGGUUCGAAGAAUGACUGCAUUUUGUGCCAAGUGUGUUAAAUGUAGCCUAUUUUCUCUGGCUCUGUAUUUUGACUGUUCUGUUUUAUAUGGCUCUCAACUCUUGGCAACAGCGACGUGCUGAUGUUUACAACCAUAAAGCCCAUCAACCUCACACUAGAAAUCCUUUUCUAUCCAAAACACGCCGAUGAUGAUGCGUUUCUCGUUCAUGUUUACAGAAUUGCGGAUGGACAUUGAGGAAUGUAUUAUGAUGAGUUUCUAUAACGGCAGUGUAUACGCCACCGUCAUCAGCGUCUCAGCUGCCAGAGAAACACCACAUAGUGGUUCAAAGGUUCAAACUCAACUUCCUGAUGAUGGAGUAUUGCGAUUCAGGAUCGACUCGAGAAUCCAGAAGUUAUAUCUGUGUCCCGAACGCCUUGCGUAAGGUGUGUGAAGGUCAGAGAUGCUUUUACAGAGAGAUUUUGACUUUCAGAAGUCAUGAAUACACACUGUACGGCUUUAGAAAUGUUGUAAUUUGGUGAAACUCCAUAAUGCAUGAUUAAAUUGCCUGUCCACGUGGUGUGAAUGAAAUGCCAUGACGUGAGUGCUUACACUGUAACUGAAACAUAGCCACUAUGGACACGUGUCUGUUGAAAAGAGUCAAAUUGUUCGGUGUUUAUGCAUAGUGCAUGCCGCUCACACACUUAACCGCAGCCGUUACAACACCAGCUAGCACCUGACAGUGUUCUUCUCGUUCAACCUGGUCAGUUAAGGUGACAAGGAAAUAAAUAUCUACUAGAUGUUUUGUGAGACUUCUCGCACUGCAAGACAAACAACCAUGUCGUGGAUUCAUGCAGUCAUAGAACAGCUCAAUGGGAGAUCAGCGGGCAGUUAAUCAGGCGUUAGCAUACACCAUACCUCAAAAGAACGAACGUACAGUCAAGCCGGAAAGUCUGUACGCCCCUUUCACCUUCUCCACGUUUUAUUACGUUAUAGACUUAUUCUACAAUAGAUUGAGUUCGCUUUUUGCCACAAAAUGGCCCAUAAUGACAAAGUAAGUUUUUAGAAAAUAUGCAAUUUUAUUUUACUGACAAAAAUAGGUUAUUUAGGGGUUACAUAUCUGUACACACCCUUCUCCUAAUACUUGGUUGAUGCACCUUUGGCGGCAGCACUUACAGCUUCAAGGCGUCUUGGGAAAGAAGCUCCGAGCUUGGCCCACUUGUUUCUGGACAUUUUUGCCCAUUCCUCUUGGCAUAUCCUUGCAAGCUCUGUCAGGUUGGAUGGGGAGCAUCGGUACACAGCCAUUUUCAGCUCCUUCCACAGAUGUUCAAUUGGAUUCAGGUCUGGGCUCUGGCUGGGCCACUCAAGGACAUUCACAGACUUUCUCUGAAGCCACUCCUUUGUUCUCUUGACUGUGUGCUUCAGGUCAUUGUCAUGUUGGAAGGUAAACCUUCACCCCAGUCUGAGGUCCAGAGCGCUCUGGAGCAGGUUUUCUUCAAGGAUCUUUCCCUCUAUCAGGACUAGUUGCCCCAUUCCCGCUGCUGAAAAUCAACCCCACAUCAUGAUGCUGCCACCGCCAUGCUUCACUGUAGGGAUGGCAUUAGCCAGGUGAUGAGCGGUGCCUGGUUUCCAUAGCUGCCAACAUUCCGAAAUUGUAAAUAGUAAUACAAGGUUGGGUACUGAGUCUUGGUGGGGGGUCGGGGGGGGCGAAGCCCCCUGCCACCAAAGCUUUCUAGCAAAACUACCCUGAAAAAUCACACUAAAACAACAUAGUUUGACAAAAUUUAUUCUCCAAACUAAACUAUCAUCUUACAUUAAUUUGCAAAGUUCUUUUCAACAAUGUCUGAAAAUAGUCAGUGAAUCAGGCAAAAACUUCAAACAAUGCAAUUGGCACAUAUAACUUUUAACAAAGUACACAUUAGAGAAAUAGACUAGAGCUUACUCAGUCAACAGUUGAUGUUAUUGCACCACAUAAACUUGAACUCGAAGUGGCCACCCAUUUCGUUAGUUUUGCAGUCUUUGAAAUAUUGUCCGUGCUUUCCUUGUGAAGGGAGGUUUUCACGUGUUACGAUAUCAGAACGCCCGCCAUGACUGAUAGAAAUGUCUCGCCGACAUGGAGCACAAAACGCGUAGUGAUCGCCCUUACUUGACUUAGAAAUGAAGGGAAACUCCUCUAGGUACGAGUCCUUGAAGCGCUGGCCUUUCCCCUUAGCCAUGCUUUCUUUAGAGAUUAGUACUACGCUACAUCUUCAUAACAAAAGCUUGAAACGCCAUGCUUUGUUCAGAAACUUCGUGAACAAAGGCCAGACGAUAGCGUGCCAUGGAUGAUCUAAUAGCAUCAUUGAUUGGCUGAGAGAACAAGCAAUAGCCAAUGAAAUUUGGCGUAGUAUCUGCCGCUUGGAACGAAGCGGUGUUUUAUCAAAUACGAAUCCCACCGGUGAUAGACUUUGAAAAUGACCCAUGAAAAUUGGCAAAUUCGUAUUUUCGUAAUCAAAACGACAAAUCGUAAUAAAUACGAUUUAUUCGUAGUAGUUGGCAGCUAUGGGUUUCCUCCAGACGUGACGCUUGGUGUUCAGGCCAAAAAGUUCAAUUUUGGUUUUAUCAGAGCAGAGAAUCUUGUUUCUCAUAGUUUGAGAGCCCUCUAGGUGCCUUUUGCCAACCUCCAAGCAGGCGAUCAUGUGCCAACUAAGGAGUGGCUUCCGUCUGGCCACUCUACCAUAAAGGCCUGAUUUUGUGGAGUGCUGCCUGGAUGGUUGAUCUUCUGAAAGGUUCUCCCAUCUCCACAAGGAUACGCUGGAGCUCUGUCAGAGUGACCCUCAGGUUCCUGCUCACCUCCCUGGCCAAGGCUUGUCUUCCCCGAUCACUCAGUUUGGCCAGGCGGCCAGGUCUAGGGAGAUUCUUGGUGGUUCCAAACUUCUUCCACUUACGAAUGAUGGUGGCCACUGUGCUCUUUGGGACCUGUAAAGCUGCAGCAAUUUUUCUGUACCCUUCUCCAGAUCUAUGCCUUGAUACAAUCCUGUUUCUGAGGUCUGCAGAUAAUUCCUUUGACCCCAUGGCUUGGAGUUUGCUCGAACAUGCAUUGUCAACUGUGUUGUCAACAAGUGUUGGCAAUCCCCAAUCAUGUCCCAUCAGAUAGAUUAGAUUAGAUUAGAUGAUUAGAUAAAACUUUAUUGAUCCCUUUGGGAGGGUUCCCUCAGGGAAAUUAAGAUUCCAGCAGCAUCAUUACAGAUAAACAGAGAAAAGAAAUAGAGGAAAACUUCUAGAUAAAUUAAAAUAAAUUAUUUACAUAUAAAAAGAAUAAGAUAUGGGGAAGGAGGAGAAAAAGGGGGGGUGGCGGCAGGAGAGAUAUUGCACUUUAUAUUGCACAUUGUCCGGUAUUGCUUAUUGUUAGGCUAGGCUACUGCUCCUUCCCGUCCUCUGUCCUCCUGUUCCCCCUCCUCCCCCCCAGAGAGGAGUUGUACAGUCUGAUGGCGUGAGGGACAAAGGAGUUUUUGAGUCUGUUCGUCCUGCACUUGGGAAGGAGCAUUCUGUCACUGAACAGGCUCCUCUGGUUGCUGAUGACGGUGUGCAGAGGGUGACUGGCAUCGUCCAUGAUGUUCAAUAGUUUGUCCGGAGACCUCUUCUCUUCCACCAUCACCAGAGAGUCCAGCUUCAUGCCGACCACAGAGCUGGCCCGCCUGAUCAGUUUGUCCAGCCUGGAUGUGUCCUUCUUGGAUGUGCUGCCCCCCCAGCACACCACGGUGUGAAACAGGACACUGGCGACCACAGACUGAUAGAACAUCCACAGGAGUUUCCUGCAGAUGUUAAAGGACCGCAGCCUCCUCAGGAAGUACAGCCUGCUCUGUCCCUUCCUGUAUAAGUGUUUGGUGUUGCAAGUCCAGUCCAGCUUGCUGUCCAGCCACAGCCUGAGGUACUUGUAGGAAUCCACAGCCGCCUCCAAUUGAAUUUACCAUGGGUGGACUCCAAUUAAGUUGUCGAAACAGCUCAAGCAGUAUCAGUGGAAACAAAAUGCCCCUCAGCUCACUUUUGGGCGUCAUAUCAAAGGGUGUGCACACUUGUGUACAUAUAUUUUACAUUUUGAUUUUUAAUAAAUUAGCACAAAUGUCUAAAAACCUGCUUUCACUUUGUCAUUAUGGGCUAUUUUGUGUAGAAUUUUG